UUGAUGACUGAGACAGAAAAAGUGGUGUGGAAAAGAGCUGUCAGAUGUUCCCUCUUCCAGCCCUGUCUACUAGUGUCUCUUUACAAGGAAAAGCAUGUAUGCAGAGUUUGGUGGCAGAAUUUUUAAGGUACGUGGGCAGUCUGUGGCAAAUACUUCUGAAGAAGGUGUGACUGUCUACAAGAGUCGGCUGAGCUUGUGCAUGGAGACACAGAAGUGCCAGCAAGCCCAGGAAAGGAGCUAAUUGGAAGAAAAUUGCCACGCAUAGAAAAAGUGGAGCCCUUACUUCAGCAACAGUCACUCAGAAUAAAUACAUCAGUAAAUACAUCAACAGUGAAAUGAUAAAUCUUGGUGCUUCUUGAUUCUCUGGUGGAUUUUAUUACUUAAGAGACAUUUUCAUUAUCCCAUUUAAUAAGUCUUGAAUUUCUCUGUACAUUAAAAUAUAACUGGAAAAUCACAUUUUGAUACCUUUUAAUAACACUUUUGAAUGUUAAAUCAUUUGCCAAGAUGAGUGCUGAGGGAUAUCAAUAUAGAGCUUUAUAUGACUACAGAAAAGAGCGAGAAGAAGACAUUGACUUGCACUUGGGAGAUAUAUUAACUGUGAAUAAAGGUACCUUACUAGCACUUGGAUUUAGUGAAGGGGAAGAAGCAAAACCUGAGGAAAUCGGUUGGUUAAAUGGCUUUAAUGAAACCACAGGGGAGAGGGGAGAUUUCCCAGGAACUUAUGUAGAGUACAUUGGAAGAAAAAAAAUAUCUCCCCCAACUCCAAAGCCUCGUCCUCCUCGACCUCUUCCAGUAGCACCAGGUCCUGCAAAAGCAGAAGGAGAGAGUGAGCAACAAGCUUUUUCACUUCCAGAUCUCACUGAGCAGUUUGCACCUCCUGAUGUUGCUCCACCGAUUCUUGUCAAGUUAGUAGAGACCAUUGAAAAGAAAGGUCUGGAGUGCUCAACUUUGUAUGGAGCACAGGGCUCAAGCAGCUCAACAGACUUAAGACAAAUCUUUGAAUGUGAUGCCUCUUCAUUAGAUUUAGAGACAUUUGAUGUGCAUACUUUAUCAGAUGUUCUCAAGAGGUAUAUCCUGGACCUGCCAAAUCCCAUCAUUCCAGCAGCUGUUCACAGUGACAUGAUUUCUGUAGCUCAAGAAGUACAGAGCUCAGAGGAGUAUGCUCAGUUGCUGAAGAGACUCAUCAGAUCUCCAAAUAUACCUCCCCAAUAUUGGCUCACACUCCAGUAUUUGCUCAAACAUUUCCUCAGAGUUUGUCAAGCCUCCAGCAGAAAUCUUUUGAAUGCAAGGUCUCUGGCUGAAAUUUUCAGCCCUCUGCUUUUCAGAUUCCAGAUCACAAGCUCUGAUAAUACAGAACACCACAUAAAAAUCCUGGAAGCUUUAAUCACAAGUGAAUGGAAUGAGAGACAGCCUGUACCAGCCCUGCCUCCUAAGCCACCAAAACCUAAUACUGUAACUAACAAUAGCAUGAAUAACAACAUGUCAUUACAAGACGCAGAGUGGUACUGGGGAGAUAUCUCAAGGGAAGAAGUAAAUGAGAAGCUUCGAGACACUGCUGAUGGUACCUUUUUGGUACGAGAUGCUUCAACCAAAAUGCAUGGGGACUACACACUUACUCUAAGGAAAGGAGGAAAUAACAAAUUAAUCAAAAUUUUUCAUCGAGAUGGAAAAUAUGGUUUUUCUGACCCAUUAACUUUCAACUCUGUGGUCGAGCUAAUAAACCACUACCGGAAUGAAUCUCUAGCCCAGUAUAAUCCUAAACUGGAUGUAAAAUUACUGUAUCCUGUAUCUAAGUACCAGCAGGAUCAAGUUGUAAAGGAGGAUAGCAUUGAAGCAGUGGGAAAGAAAUUACAUGAAUAUAAUACCCAGUUCCAAGAAAAAAGCAGAGAAUAUGACAGACUCUAUGAAGACUACACAAGAACGUCUCAGGAAAUUCAAAUGAAAAGAACAGCUAUUGAGGCAUUUAAUGAAACAAUAAAAAUAUUCGAAGAGCAGUGCCAAACACAAGAAAGAUACAGUAAGGAGUACAUUGAAAAAUUUAAACGGGAAGGAAAUGAAAAAGAAAUACAGAGAAUUAUGCACAACUAUGAAAAACUGAAGUCUCGGAUAAGUGAAAUUGUGGACAGCAGGCGUAGAUUAGAAGAAGAUUUAAAGAAGCAAGCAGCUGAAUAUAGAGAAAUAGACAAGCGUAUGAACAGCAUUAAGCCAGACCUCAUUCAGCUGAGGAAGACAAGAGAUCAGUACUUGAUGUGGCUGACUCAAAAAGGUGUUCGGCAAAAGAAGCUAAAUGAAUGGCUUGGAAAUGAAAAUGCAGAAGACCAAUACUCUAUGGUAGAGGAUGAUGAGGACUUGCCCCAUCAUGAUGAGAGAACAUGGAAUGUGGGAAAUAUCAAUAGAAGCCAAGCUGAAAAUCUGCUGCGGGGAAAGCGAGAUGGAACAUUCCUUGUUCGAGAGAGCAGCAAACAAGGCUGCUAUGCCUGCUCUGUUGUGGUGGAUGGAGAAGUAAAGCACUGUGUGAUAAACAAAACACCCACUGGGUAUGGAUUUGCAGAGCCAUAUAACUUGUACAACUCGCUCAAAGAACUGGUGCUACAUUAUCAACACACAUCACUUGUGCAGCACAAUGACUCUCUCAAUGUCACGCUAGCCUACCCUGUAUAUGCACAGCAGAGGCGAUGAACAUCUUAGUACUGCGGGUUGUUUGUUUUUUUCUAAAGAAAUGAUUUGACAACACUGAGGCCUCUGGAGAGAAAAGGCUCCUUUCAGCUUUACUCAAGAAUUUGCAGUAUCAAAGCUAUCUGUCUUCAGACAGGACUAAAGAUUUCCUUCACAACUGCAGUGGGAGAAAUCACAGUAGUAAGCUGUGAAUGUAUGUUUGUAAUCUGAAGUGCUUUUUGGUUUUUUUUGUAAUUAAGAAAA